UCCGCGCACAAUAAUUGAUUAAACUUUCUUUUUGUGUACACAUUUAUCGAAUACAAAUGACGCUUGUAAAUUCGGCGUGUUGCAAAUUGAAUUUCGUUCAUGUUUGUGACCUUGUGAUAACGUGUUGGUAUCAAGAUUAUAUGUGUUGGAAGUAGAUAACAAGAGAAGACAUCAGACAUAUGUGUGAAAACAAUGAAUAACAAGAGAUACAAAUUUAUCAAGCCAAUACAUCUAGCAUUUCAAAUAAUAUUUAUUUCAACACACAUUGCAAUAGAUACACAUUCAUAUCCGUGCAAGCAUAUGGUUAGCGUAGGAAGCACCUAUAAAUUGUCAUGCAGCUACUUCAACCAGGACAAUUCGGAAACUGCUCAUAAUUUAGUUUUUCGUAGAAAUGGCACAAUGCUAUCGCCAUUGCAUUAUCAAAUUAUCAACGAAAAUACAGUUGAAUACGUUUGGGAUAAUAUUCCUAGAGUAAGCGCGGAUAUUGAGUGCUCAUUCCACGUGCAGGACACUGAUACCUACAAAGGUAUAUUCAUAAAAAGCGUAGUUGCAGAGUACCCACCGAUGAAGGUGACAAGCUUUAAAUGUGUCUCCCAUGAUUUUCAAUAUCUAAUAUGUUGGUAUGAAAAACCUGAACAGUACUGCACAUCGACGAGAUUUUUGCCUGAAAAUUGUCAGCAAGUCCCAUAUGGAUCACCAAAUUCUUGCAGAUUAUCACAACCAGCAUACGACCCAGUGAAUCAAAACAUCUACCAAUUCACGGUUUUAUCAAAGAAUCAUUUGGGUGAAAUCAGUCAAAACUUCUCAAUAAAUCAUUUAGACAAUGUGAUACCAGGCAAGCCUAACGUAAGCUUGAGCACGAUAAAACCAAACAGUGUUAUUUUAAGAUUAACAAAACAUGACAGACUUUAUAUGGAGAAAGGUUUAAUGUACGAAAUUAAAGUGUGGGAAACAUCCUUUCCAAGCAGCACAAUUACGCUAGAUACCACUGACAUAGAUCCUUUUCCAAUCCAACAAACCUUCACCGUCGCAAACCUAGACGCAUACCGGAGUUACACUAUUGAAGUAAAGGCAAAAAGUAUGGUCACUGAAAAUAUCUCGGAAAUGUGGAGCCAACCUACAAACAUUAAUUUCGACACCCCUCCAAAGCCACCUGAUUAUCCGCCAAAAGUGGAUGCCGGGGGUUUUUAUGUUGAUUUGGAAGGAAAGAUUCAUAUAUUCUGGGAAAUGCUUCCAGAAAAUAGGCACAAUGGUGAAAAUUUUCGAUACAAAAUUUCAUUAGAGGGUCUGGAUGAAAACCAUAUCAGGAAUAAAAUAAGGCAGGUUAGAGAUACGUUUACAACCAGCUACGACAUACCAACGGAUGACUACAAAUUUACUAUUUGGUCAGCAAAUGACAAUGGAAGCUCCCCAGGAGCUUCUUUAACGAUAUCGAAAAAUGCUUAUCCAGCACCAAGAAAAGUUCGAAACGUUUACCAUGGCAAAUUUUAUCAGCUAAGUUGGAAAAUACCCAGAGGAGGAGGGACUGUACAAAACUACACAGUUUUCAGUUGUAUCCGGGAUAAACGGAUUAAUCAAGCAAACACAUGCAGUAGGGAUUUCAAAUUUGUUCAUGUUUCCAACACAACAAACAGUAUGACUUUCACUGCUGGAGAUCAUUUUGCAGUAUCAGCCAACUAUCUAAACGGUAGCUCCGGAAUGAUUUGGGCAGAAUGCGUCGCUCCAGUGACAAGCGAUAUCGGUACCAUCACUUACCCCCUUCUGUCGGUCGUAAACUCAACAGCAAUCCACAUAGAAUGGGUGAUCACGUGCAUUCAAAAAUCAUUGGUACAAGGCUACAAAAUUAAAUAUUGCACUGAAAUGGAAGACAUAUGUGCCACCAAAAUAGUAGACGAUGAACUUGAUGAAGCUUAUCUUACUAAUCUCACCCCCAAUACUGAGUAUAAAGUGCAAAUUUCGAUGGUUUCUGAGUCACAAAGCGGAGUCUACAGUGAGAUGAAGAAAUGCAAAACCUUGGAGGAAGCUCCUUCACCACCUAGGAAUCUACUAGUAUGUAAUGUUACUAAAGAUAUGGUAAGUUUGCAAUGGGAAAAGCCAGAACUACUGAAUGGGAUCCUACGCUAUUAUAAAGUGUGGUAUAACAACAAAUCUAUAGAACUUACCAAUGAGGACUAUCUGACUGCCGAGCUGGUAAAAUUUAAUCUUGAAAACUUGGAAAGCUUUCAAACCUACGAGCUAUCUGUUGUUGCGGGAACGGUAGCAAAUUCAAAACCGAGUAAUAAAGUUCAUGUGCAAACGGCUGUUUCAGAUCCUGAGGUGAUUUCAAUAAUCAGUCUUGAAACGCUCGAUGCUGAUCAGUUUAAUAUAAAAUGGACUUCUGGCCCGGAAAAUGAAUUCAUAAUGAAAGCCUACGAAAUCGAGAUUCGAAAUUACAUGCAGAAUGAAAUAAAGCGUAGUCUUGUUGUGGGUGGCUUUAACUAUAUUGUGGAAGGAAUGAAGUGUACUAGCAAUUCUACAACGUACCAAAUGUCUGUCAGACCUAUAAACGUUAUUCGUGAAAAUCAGAUACAAGGAUGUGUUGUAACCUAUAAAACAGUAUUAGCCAUUGAAAAUUGGGACAAUUACACUAAUGGCAGAAAUUACCAAAAUGCAUUACAUCUCAAAGAAGAAAUUAGUUCAUUUUCGAAGGAUAAUCACACAUUUAUCAGAUUAAUCUACGGACCUUGGUCCGUGCCUCUGUUGUACGAGUGUAACAAAACUGCCGCCACUUCUGUUACCCAUGCUAUUGUAAUACCAGCCGUUUUGCUUCUCAUCAUAAUUACCGCAGCUCUCUUGUAUUACAUACGUCGACGGUAUAAGACUGCGAAGAGUAUUGGAAUUGUACUUCCACCAGGAUUGAGCGAUGAUGAGAGUAAAACUAGUCAAGGAGGAAAAUAUGACGAGACCGAUUAUUCCACCGACGAAGCAGAGGAAGCAAAUUUUAUCGAAGCUAGAUCACUGAUUGACGAGAAUAUGGACGAAGGAUACUGUACUUCCCAGCGAGAUUCUCUAUCCAGUUCUACUGAUGAGAAAGAAUCCUUUGGAAAAAAUGCAAAAAUAAGCUACUUAUUUGAGCCGAAAUCAGAGCGGGAUGGUAAAAUAUUUACAUUGAAUGCUAAUGGCUACGUGCUGCAACAUCCCAUACCAGAAGAAGACGAAACCUUAUUUAGCGAUUACCGAAAUGAACUAUAUCCUCCGAAUUGUAACUCGGAUCUCUUCACUUUCACAGAGAAUGGAUAUGUUAAGAAUAAUAAUUUGGUGAAAGGAAAGGACGAGAUUCUCUAUCUGCCUGCUAAUGACAACAACUUUUUGACUGGCUCUAAUCCACCCAAUAAAUUUAAACCACAUUCGACAAGGAACUAUUGGAAUAAGAAUAAAAUGCCAAAGUUUUCCAAUGACCAUUCAAAUUCAAACGUUGAAAGGGCGGUCCAAUCAUUUAUAUUAAACGAUAAUGGAUACGUCCUUCCGAGUUCCAUACCAGCAGCGGUCGAUUUUUCAAAGAAUGAUGAAAAACGAGAACAAAUCAGCGCUAAACAUCUGGACCCGCUGGUAUUUUCAGAGAAUGGAUAUGUGAAGCAAAGUGCCUUCAUGCCAGUAGCAACGCAGAGAGGAACCUUCAAGAUGAGUGACGGUAACAGGAAAAGUGACCCUUUUUCCGCAACUGAUUCAAUUCAUCCAAAAGUCCUUGAUCUAGUAUUUCGGAGUAGACCGGAGAAAUUUACAACAAUGGUUCAGAUAAACGACGAAAAUGAUUCCCAACAGCCGGAACUUAGCGCGGAAAGAAUACCUCAUUCUAGAGUUAUUGACUCAAGCGGAUACCUAGUGAAUACAAAUGCAGUUAAGCAACCAAGAAAAUCAUGUUCGUUUAUUCAGCAGGCAUUUCAUCCUGGGCUGAAAUCUACAGAUUUAAAUUCUCUCCCUAAUCAGUGCACAGUUUCAACGCCAGAGAUAAGACAGCCGAGCCCAAGUUUGAUGCCUACGAUACCGCGGUAACGCCCACCGGUUUUCAUUCGCCCUCAUUUAUUACAUGCUGCCUACCCAGCCAGCCCUACAGCGAGCCUUCCUAACUUCAAAUUUUAAAUUAUUUACUGCUACUUUUCGAUUGAUGAAAUAAAUAAUGAG